GCAGAGGGCACGAGCCGGGGAAGGGCCGGAGAGGCAGGCUAUGGCCCCCAGUGCCCUGUAGACCUGGCGCGACUCCCGUGCUUUCGACCCCUAUUUGGGGCCCUGGGUGGCUCCUGGAGGGCCUUGCCGAGGGGCAGAGAAGGCAGGACCAUGGCAUCUAGGGCCUUUGAACCUCCCCCAGGGCGCAGCGUGACGGCGGGCAUCAUCAUUGUUGGAGAUGAGAUCCUCAAGGGACACACUCAGGACACCAACACCUACUUUCUGUGCCGGACACUGCGCUCCCUGGGGGUCCAGGUGUGCCGAGUCUCUGUUGUCCCCGAUGAGGUCGCCACCAUUGCGGCUGAAGUCACUUCUUUCUCCAGCCGCUUCACGCAUGUCCUCACAGCAGGGGGCAUCGGCCCCACUCACGACGAUGUGACCUUCGAGGCCGUAGCACAGGCGUUUGGGGACGAACUCAAGCCACACCCUGAGCUGGAAGCCGCCGUCAAAGCCCUAGGAGGGAAGGGCUGGGAGAAGCUGUCUCUCGUGCCCUCCUCCGCCCGCCUCCAUUAUGGCACUGAUCCUCACACCGGCCAGCCCUUCAAACUGCCACUGGUCUCCGUCCGAAAUGUCUACCUCUUCCCAGGCAUUCCAGAGCUGCUGCGGAGGGUGCUGGAGGGGCUGAAGGGGCUGUUCCAAAACACAGCCGUGCAGUUCCACCUGCGGGAGCUCUAUGUGGCCGCCGAUGAGGCCUCUAUCGCCCCCAUCCUGGCCGAGGCCCAGGCCCACUUUGGGCGCAGGCUCGGCCUGGGUUCCUAUCCUGACUGGGGCAGCAACUACUAUCGGGUGAAGCUGACGCUGGACUCAGAGGACGAAGGGCCCCUGGAGGAAGGCCUGGCCUACCUGACCGCCUGUCUGCCCCCGGGGUCGCUGGUCCCCUACGUGCCCGACGCCGUGCAGCAGGCCGGUGAGGCCGUGUACAAACUCGCGGGAUCAGGGUCUUCUCUGGGGGAGAAGGUGGCGGGCGCCCUGCAGACCAUUGAGACUGCCCUGGCCCGGUACGACCUCGCCCGCCUCUGCGUGGGCUUCAAUGGAGGCAAGGACUGCACAGCGCUCCUGCACCUCUUGCACGCGGCCGUGCAGAGGAAAUGCCCUGAUGCUCAGGAACCCCUCCAGAUCCUGUAUAUCCGCAGCAUCUCCCCUUUCCCUGAGCUGGAACAGUUUCUACAGGACACCAUCAAGAGGUACAAUCUGCAGGUCCUGGAGGCUGAGGGUGACAUGAAGCAGGCCUUGAGCGAGCUGCAGACGCGGCACCCCCAGCUGGAGGCUGUCCUGAUGGGCACCCGCCGCACAGACCCCUACUCCUGCAGCCUCUGCCCCUUCAGCCCCACUGACCCCAGCUGGCCUUCCUUCAUGCGCAUCAACCCGCUGCUGGACUGGACCUACAGAGACAUCUGGGACUUCCUGCGUCAGCUGUUUGUCCCGUACUGUAUCCUGUAUGACCGAGGCUACACCUCGCUGGGGGGCCGGGAGAACACGGUGCGGAACCCCGCCCUGAAGUACCUGAGCCCAGGAGGACAGCCCACCUACCAUCCAGCCUACCUGCUGGAGAAUGAAGACGAAGAGCGCAACUCCCGGACAUGACCUCGCAGUCCUGCCCGCUGCCUGAGUGGGGAAGGAGGCGGUCCUGGGGAGUCGCCUGUCAAUAAAGUGUGC